CAUCGUUCAACUGCAAUUCCUACCAUUCUUCGCAAAUCUUCAUUGCUGCGAGGAAUUUGUGCGAAGCUUCACCACACUUCUACGCUUCCCCGAGGCCGGAGUACUUUUGAGGAGGUAUAGGGUUCAAAUUUGGCUAUCGUCUUCGAUUUGGCCGUUGACCGGACGAUUUGCCAAAUGAGUCGUGCGCAAGAACCACAACGGCCCUUUUUCCCAUUUGGAAAUCCCUUCCGCAUGAUUUCACCAAAAGGCGCGUAUCUUUCUCCGAAGCUUCUUCAUUUGUUGAAUACAUUUGAGGAGACAUUGGCAGGAAGAAUUAAAAAGCUUAUACAGGAAGCCGAUGAAGAUUUCAUUGCCUUAUCUUGGAUGAAAUGUGCAACGGAAUUACUCUGCGCAAUUCACACCGAUGUAAAAUCUUUAAUCAACGCCCUCGAGCUCCCCGUUUGCGAUUGGGAGGACAAAUGGCUCGAUGUUUAUCUGGACAACAGCGUGAAGUUGCUCGACAUCUGCAACGCUUUCAGCUCAGAGAUUUCUCGGAUGAAACAGGGAUACAUCUUUCUUCAAUGCGCGCUGCACAAUUUCCGCGGCACGGCUCCAAAUCAGUUAAAAAAGGCUCGUUCUUCGCUGGAUGAAUGGAAGCAACACAUCAAUUCAAAGAAUCCAAGACUCGAGAAAUGCAUCUUCGCCAUGGAUGGUCUUGCCCAAUCCCUCAACCUGCCGAAAAUCAAGAACUCUGCUAAGGGCAAGGUAUUGAUGCGCGCCGUAUAUGGAGUCAGGGUGGUUACUCUUUCGAUAUGCAGUAUAUUCGACGCAAUAUUUUCAGGUUCUGCGAGGAAGCUGGUGGAGCUACAAGUUUUAGAAGGUUGCCUUUGGGCCGAGGCUUUUACUAAUUUUCAAACUUGUGUAAAUAUCAAAUUUAGGAACACAUACAAUAGAAGAGCUGUAGUUCUGAAAGAGCUGGAAAGUGUCCACAAAAGUGUCGAGAAUUUACAUCAGAUCUUCGUGAAAGAUGGGGUAGAUUCGGUAGAAGCCGGAAUGGUGCAAGAAAUAGCGUCGGAUCUCGGAAAAUCCGCGGAAAAACUUUCGCGGGGGCUUGAUCUAGUGGUGAAGGAGGUCGACAGGUUCUUCCAGAUUGUUCUAACCGGUCGCAAUGCUUUGCUUGAUAACCUUAGGUUUGGUAGUAAGAUUUCUGAUGGAGCACAAGCUAAUAAAAAGGUAGAAGGGUUGAUGGUAAGGUGAGCAAAACACACACACACACACACAUAUAUAUAUAUAUAGAUAUAGGUAUAGAUAUAUGAAUUUAUAUUUAGUUAUUGAAGUGCAUAUAUAAGGUUGCAGGUUUGGAGUAGUCUGCUAAAAAUGUGUGUUAGCAUUUUACAAGUUUACAUUUGUUGUUGUGAGAUUUAUGUUUGUAGUGAUGUGUUGAUGAAAUGAAAGAUAAGAAAUUUGUUGUU